AUGCUCUCCACGUUCUCCUCGCUCGCUUCUUUCGUCUUCGCACCUGUGCUUUCGACGUCGGACGCGCGGGAUCCCUCGCCUUCUCCGCCUCCGUCUCCGCCUCCCUGUCCAUCCCCGCGUCGGGGUUCCGCGGCACGCAGACGUAGGUACUCGUCGUGUCGGCAGUUUUCGUUGACGCGGCCCUGCGUCUCCCGCGCCCAUGCUCGGUCCUCUGCACGAGGUGGAGCCGUAGAGUGCCCCUCCGUGCCUGCCGUGGCCUCCAGUCCUCAGGGUCACGAGGAGCCGACCGGAGAAUGCUGUAGCGACGGGAUUGCCGCGGGGGCUGGCUGCGGCCGCCCCGCCCCCCGCCAAGGGCAGUGGCGGGACGAAGGUGAACAAGAAGACGAAACCGUGUUGACUGACAGCCUCGAAGCAGAGGUGGCACGGUGCCCUCAUGUCUCCGCGGAUGCCGUCGUCAGCAUUUGGGAGACGCCGCUCUGUGCGCGUGUGCAGGGUGACGUCGUAGCGGAGGGCAGCCGGUCGUACAGCCAUUCCUUCCUGCGGCCUUCGUGUGGCGCGGGAACAGACCGAGGCGAGGGAGCCUACCCCAGACGCGCGGGCGAAAACGGCGGAGACAAGGCGGGAGGAAGCGAUCGCCUGCACUAUUUGGAGUCUCCCGGCGCCGAUGGGGAAGCCUCUGGAGACGGGGGCCCAGCGCGUCGCACUGCCGGCGGGCGCGCCAGUCCUCUGUCCUCUCCAUUCGUUCCGGGUCGUCCUUCUCCCAGUUCGAGUGCAUCUGCGUUUCCUCCGCCUCUGCCUUCGUCGCCGUCCUUCUUCCUCUCAGCGGCCGCGCGGCAGGCCUCCACCGCGCUGCCCGCGCCGCCCUCCGUCCACGUAGGGAUGCGUGACCAGCGGUCCCACUUGGAGGUCUUUGCAAGCGAGGCGUUCCAGCUGGAAAGCGAAGCCGACAGAAGAGAGGAAGGCGACGAAGAGCGAGACGGCGACGGCGGCCGCUCGGCGCUCUCGACGUUCAUCACGGGCGUUCUGUGGGGCCGAGACGCGGCGGGCGCCGGCGACGCGGACGCCGGAAGAGAAGGCAGGAGACGCCGAGGCGCGGGGACUCGAGGAGGGGCUGCGAAUAUCUUGGGCGCGUUCCCCUGUCUGUGUCUCCCUCUCGAGGACGUCAUCUCCACUGUCGCCACCGCCGAGAGGGCGGCGCUCCUGGCAAGUCUGCUCUGUGUGUCAAGGCGAACACAACUCGUGGCUGUGCGUAGAAGUCGCCUCCGCGGUAUUGAAGUUCGCAGUUUUGUGCUGGAGAACAGUUACUUCUUUGACGCGCUAGCAGGCCAUCUCUUUUCCCUGCCUGAGGGAGAGCGCCCACCCCUCCAGCUUCUACGCAUUGUGAACUACCGCAACGAGGACCUGCACGACACGCUCUCGCCGUUGGAGCUCGACCGCGUUCGAAAGGCUGAAGCUCAGCUGAUGCACCAGAUGCAGAUGGAACAGGCUGCCAGGGAAGAGGAAACUGCGCGCACAGACGAGGGGACCGUUGCUUCACAAGGACGACGCGAAGGAGCGGCCCGAAUCAGAGCAGGUUGGCCUGGAGGGAGCGGAGCGCCGGGGGCUUGCGGCGUGGAGAGCGGCACUCGAGAGCGGGAGCGCGAAGGAGACAGCAGGAGCGGCGAACGCGGACAGAGGCGAGAGGGAGUCACGGAAGUCAGAGCGGCAACGGGGGUGGAGAGCAGCGAGGCCUCGCAGGCAAGGCUUGUAGAGGUUCGACGUCGACACAGCCGCCAGAAGCACCGGCGAGACUCUUCGCAGCGCAAUUUCUACACCGAUGGAGCUGAAAGACUGAUGCAGGGGGAGACGCGACGAAUGAGUAUCGGUGUGAGGUCUCCUCUCGUCCCCCCUUCUGUGCCACUUAGUUCCGCUCCGUCUCGCUGCGUCUCGUCGCCCUGUACUGUUUCUGCGGCGCCGGGUGCCGCCAGUGCUGGGAGUCUUGGAUGCUUUGCUCCAGAAGAGGCCGGGCCAGCUCGCGGUAUUUCUGACAGAUUCCAAGCGUCUGCGGACUGUCGCCCUCACACAGAUGGUGCACCCGUGUCUUCUUGCGCGUCUACUGCUUGUGGCGCAGAGGGCGCUGGUGUCGUUACUGCCGCUAUAUCCGAAGACGGCGGAUCGCCCGAGUCUUCCAACGUUAAAAGAAGCGAACGUAACUCGCACCGCCCCUCCACAUCGCCCUCGCCAGCUAUUUCGUCCCCCUGUUACGCCCAGGGAUCUGUGGAUGCGUCAAAUCCCGGAGCAUCGUCGAUUGGUCGCGGGAAUGCAGCGCUGCCGUCGUUUGCCUACUCCCGGCGUCGCCCUUCUCGGUUGUCAUCGACUGCGUCUCUUUCUGCUGCUCCCAGUCGCGCAUCUCCCGCUUCUCCUUGCGAAGCUGCUUUCGCUCUAGGGAUUCCUUCGUUUGUCUCCAAGUCGCUCGCAGUUGUGCCCAGACCGGUUCAGCGACAUGUGCGUUCUCUUCUCAGUCACUUUCCUCGUCUUCGAACGAUCGAGUUGCUUUUCUCGCCGCAGAAGAAGUUCUUCUCCUCUCCGGCGCAUGCAGUGGCUUUCGUCGCACCGUUCAGCGUGUUUGUGGAGGCAUUCGGAUUUGAACUGCGCCCAAUUGAAUUUCACGCCGUCACGCGCGCGUGUCUCGGAUGCACGGACGCUGAAUGUGAAACUAGAGAUGAGACGCUAUUGAGGCCCGGAUUUGACGACGAAGAGGACUGCAGCCCCUGUGGCCGUUCUUUUUGCGGAGAUCCGGACGCAAGAGGGGUUUUUUUUUCAGAGAGGUAUCAAAAAACGCAGGAUCUCUCUUCACGGCAAGUGGCAGAUUCCGCGUGGAAUCCUGUGAGAGAGCUCCUCCCUCCAGGAUCAAACCGUCCCUCCUCGGAAGCCCCUGAAUUCGUUGAAAUAUGUGGCGGCCACCGCCUUCAGCGCAGCAAAAUCCUGUGUGUCCGCUGCGACGAAGAAGAUAUUGGAUCUGUGUUGGCUGCCCGUCUUUGCUCCGAGUACAAGGCAAAGCAAGAAAGGUAUGCCAAGCUUUUGACUGCCAAGCCAGAGUCGGCUCUGCGGAAGGAGAGGAGGGGCGGGGUCGACGCGGCGGAGUCGGUCGCACGACAGCGGCGUGGAGUCACAGAGAAAAGGGCAGCGGCCCAUGGCGAUUUGGUAGAGUGUAUCGAGGACGAGGAACGAGGCUGCGGCAACGCAUAUCGAUUCGUGAACGACCAAGGAGAGCGACACGAAUCUAGAGGGUCGGAGGUCCGCCCUCAAGGGGGAGGGUCACACAAGGAGAGAGCGGAAACAACGAUGCAGUCACAAAGACGAGGAAGCCCUGUACGCACGAAUUCGCUAGGCUUCCCCAUUCUUGGCUUCGUUGUCCGAGACGUUAUCCUGUCACGCGUCAGGGAUGAAGAAGAGGAGUGA